AUGAUUUUGAUAUUUCUGCUUGAUGUGGGUUGCAGUUGAGAAUGCCAGUAUUGAGACACUCUCAUAAAACCUGCCCCAGGAGUUGCAUGAGGGUUAUCUAAAGGUAUGCAAGGGUUUCUAUUCUACACCAAAGCAGGUCUGUUUGGGCUGUUCUUCAUGAUUGUAGGCACUAUAUCGUUCAUUUUCAUGUAUUUCCUCAAGAAAAAUCUAAACUUUUAUUACAAACAGAUCCGAGUAAAAAUUUUGGUAUUAUUAACAAUGAGUGCCAUAUAUUUCUUUGGAACCUCAACCUUCAGCAUCAGAGAAUCUAUUUAUGGAAGAAUUGUGAGUGAUAUUAUGCGUGAAUUUAUGAAUGAGCCUGACAACAAAACUGGAACAUUGAUUUCUUUGUUUGCAGCUGUAAUUGUGCAAAUUACAUUCAUAAUUUACGUGUAUUUAAGCUUAACUCUGGUUGAUUUCAAGCAAUACUUACAGGAUAUCACUGGAGGUUAUGGACUCAAAGAUCGCUACACAGAGUGAUCCAUAUUUUUAUAUCAGAGAAAGCAGAGUGCCAGGACUCAGGCUUCAUUAAUAGAUGCUGAAGAUUCAACAUCAAGCCAAAUAAAUGCUUUAUUAGGUCAGAACAGAGACUCUCAAUGAGUUUGGGAUUGUUGAUCUGUUCUAUCAGAAGCAGAUGAUGAGUAUAAACAAAAUUAUGAGGAAAUUGCACAGAAAGAGCUGGCAUAUAGAUCAAGUGUCUAAACUCUGGUGCGAAAUUUUUACCUAAAAGA